UGAUCAGAAAGCGCGACAAAAAUGUAAAUGUGAAACGAGGCGUCCCACGACUCCACCGCCUCUUUGAGCACUAUAUAUAGUUUACGUACGGACGAAACACAGCGACAGGUGCGACCUAAGUUUCUGAGAACAGAAUCUCCUAUCUUCUCCAAACCUAAUUUCGGUUUUCGAGAUGGCCCGUACAAAGCAAACUGCUCGCAAGUCCACCGGAGGCAAGGCUCCAAGGAAGCAACUUGCGGCCACGAUAUAUAGGAAAGCCGCCCCAACCACCGGAGGCGUGAAGAAGCCGCACAGAUACCGCCCUGGAACCGUCGCUCUCCGUGAAAUCCGCAAGUACCAGAAGAGCACAGAGCUUCUGAUCAGGAAGCUGCCGUUCCAGAGGCUGGUUCGUGAGAUAGCGCAGGACUUCAUGACGGAUCUGCGUUUCCAGAGCCACGCUGUGUUUGCACUGCAGGAGGCUGCGGAGGCGUACCUUGUUGGGUUGUUUGAGGACACUAACCUGUGCGCCAUUCAUGCCAGGCGCGUCACGAUCAUGCCCAAGGAUGUCCAACUUGCCAGGAGAAUCCGGGGCGAGAGGGCUUAAGGAAGGAAGAGAUUGAAGCAAGAUUUGAUUUGAUUUGGACUAGAAGAAUAUGUUUUGUUUUUAAGGUUUAUAAUUUGUCUGGUUAAUUUGUAAUCUUUAAGAAUUCAAGACUUGUUUUCUUUGGUUGCAAUUGCAAUUGUGGUUGAACCUCUUCUAAGUUCUAAUCCACUUGAUAAAUGCAGUUGUGUUUUUUUUUUUUUUUUUAAACAAAACCAUAAUCUCUUUAACCAGUUUCAU